AUGGCAGACACCAAAGUCUAUCGUGCGAGCACCACCGCUCCGGUGAACAUCGCCGUCGUCAAGUACUGGGGAAAACGAGAUGCGAAACUCAACCUCCCGACCAACAGCUCCCUCUCCGUUACCCUCUCCCAAGCCGAUUUGCGAACCCUAACGACGGCAUCCUGCUCCGCCUCCUAUCCCGAGGGCGACAGCCUCAUGCUCAAUGGCGAAGCCUCAGACAUCUCUGGUGCACGAACGCAAGCCUGCUUCCGCGAACUGCGAGCCCGUCGUGCUGCCCUCGAAACUGUGAACGCUUCUCUCCCCAAGCUGUCAACCAUGCCUCUCAGGCUCGUUUCGGAGAACAACUUCCCCACGGCUGCUGGCCUAGCCUCCUCCGCCGCUGGCUUCGCCGCUUUGGUCCAGGCCAUUGCCAACUUGUACGAGCUGCAGGACUCGCCGUCAGAGCUGUCCCUGAUUGCUAGACAAGGUUCUGGAUCGGCCUGCCGCAGUCUGUUCGGCGGCUACGUUGCUUGGCGAAUGGGCGACAAGGAGGAUGGAAGCGACUCCAUGGCCGAUUUGGUCGCCCCGGCUUCACACUGGCCCAACAUGCGCGCCCUGAUUCUUGUUGCCAGCGCCGCUAAGAAAGGAGUGUCGUCCACCUCUGGCAUGCAGCAAACAGUCGCCACCUCAGGCCUGUUCCAACAGAGAAUCACCAAAGUUGUCCCAGCCAACAUGGAUCUCAUGGAGGAGGCCAUCAAGAACAAGGACUUUGCCAAGUUUGCUGAAGUUACCAUGCGGGACUCCAACUCGUUCCACGCCUGCUGCGCCGAUACAUACCCCCCGAUCUUCUACAUGAAUGACGUUUCCCGUGCGGCUAUCCGGGCGGUGGAGGCGAUCAAUGCCAAGGCUGGGAAGAGCAUUGCUGCGUAUACUUUUGAUGCUGGGCCAAACUGCGUUGUUUACUACCUGGAAGAGGAGGCGCCUACUGUGCUGGGUGCUUUUGCCGGUGUUCUGAACGGUGUGUCAGGAUGGAAAGACGGCAGCGCUGAUGUCAAGUCUAGCGUUAAGUUGGACGAUGGCCUUGCCGCCACUUUGAAGGAGGGAGUUAGUAGGGUCAUUAUGACUGGUGUUGGUGAGGGCCCAUUGAAGACGGAGGAGUAUUUGGUGAGUGAGGAUGGACAGCCUGUGAAGAGGUAA